UGCCAGUCGUAAACAUGGCGGCUAGACCUGGAGAAAAGAAGAGAGUGCUAGUUGUGGGCGCUGGUGCUGCUGGCAUGUCAUGUGCUCAUCACCUCGCUGAACACCCAGAUAAAUUCGAUGUAACCCUUAUCGAUGCAGUUGACUACUGUGGAGGACAGGCCUUCUCGAUCCCACUUGACAAAGAACGCCAUGGAGCCAGCUGGUUAAACCAAGGUGUUCAGGGUGGAAGUUACAUCUUUCACCACACCAUGACCAUGUUCGCACGACAAGGCCACCGCGCCGAUCCCGUCAACCUGCACGUUUCCUUUGGGAAAGAUGACAUUUUCUGGACCAACGUCUUCCCUACUGAGUUGCUCGCCCGACACCAAGGAGAGAUCAAGCGAUUCAAGCGCAUGAUGACAUUCUCUCGUUGGUUUGAAGUCAUUUUCGCCCUGAUACCCAUCAAGUACAUGUUUAAGCUCUGGAUGUUUUCUGAGGAGUUCACCAACACCGUCGCUAUGCCUAUGAUUGCCCUGUUCCUUGGAACUGGAAACGAAACACCGAAUGUCCCGUUCAUUGUUCUGGAGCGCCUCUGCACAAGUCCGACAUACGGCUUGUGGUACCCACCGGACGAGCAUAGCAUUGCAAGUAAUCUGCCGCCUAUGGUUGUCUUCCCAAAGUUUACCGAAUUCUAUGGAAAGUGGAAAGAUGAUCUGAUUUCGAAGGGCGUGAAUGUCAGACUUUCGACUGAGGUCACAAGAGUGGUCAAGCGAGACAAGGAUGGUGUGAUUGUGAAGACUAUCAAGCGUACGCCAGUUCCGGACGGUCACAACCCCAACAGCUCUUGGGUGCCCAACGACCCUGUCAAUGCCGAUCAAAACAUCAAGGAAGAGACCGAGCACUACGAUGAGAUCGUUCUUUGCGUUCUCGCCGACACUGCUAAGCGCAUCCUCGCGCCGUGUGCCUCUCUCCGCGAGAAGAAGGUUCUUGGAUCCGCCAAAUUCUCUGAUGAUAUUACCAUCACCCACUGGGAUAGCGACUACAUGAAGAAGCAUUACGAGAAUUUCUACGACGAGAACAAGGCCGUCUCCAGCCUUUCUGGCGUCGAUCAAUCCCAAAGACUCAAGUACGCAAAGGAUUCGUUCAAGCCCAUGUACUACAUCAAGAUGUACCCCGAGGACCGCUCGAAACUGGAGAUGUGCUUCGACUGCACAAAUUAUCAGAGCCAGUUUCCACCAGACAUGCCAUUCGACAGGCAUGUAUUCCAGACUAUCUACCUGAACAAGCACCGCGACGGCCACCUUUGGAGCAGCGAAGAAAUCAACAAGGACAAGAUCAUCCGACAAGAUUGGUGGCACCAGCUAUGCCACUCAUGGACUCAUUACCUCUUCGUCGUUCCUUGGGUGUGGCUGCUCCAGGGCCGCAAGAAUACCCGUUUCGCCGCUGCUUGGACGCUCAUCAACGCCCACGAAGUCGCUGUCAUGUCUGGUAUCGCUGCUGCUGUCGACCUUGGAGCUAAGUACCCUGAGGAUCUUGAGCGCGACAAAUUUGCUCUCCUGAGUUUCCGACUUUAUUACCUGCUCACUUACGGCAAGUGGUAUAAGAGGCACGCGACUAAACAGACCAAGGACGGUCCUGGAAAGGACUGGGCAAGUGGCUGGUAUGGCAGCGUCUACAGGGGCCCUGGUGUUGGUACUACAGACAGGAAGCAGUGGAGAGAAGAGAACAAGAUUCAAGACGAAGGUCCUGCGUAUGACUGGCCGGUCGAUGCUGGUGCGCGUCACAGAACACGCUCCGAGGCUUUUGGCCAGCAAAGGGUAGUCUGGUGGAAAGGUCGACUACACACGAGAGCGAUGGACUGUAUCGAGGAACAGAUCCGAUAA